AGCUAGGUAACUGUUUUGCUCCUUUCACAUCUCUCAAUCUCUUCCAUCCUGACUUUCGAGUCUUAUUUAAUUAUAAGGAGCUCCUCACGUCGAUCUGCCUUCCAUUAUAUGGUGCCUUUCAUACCUGUCUGCCCACAUCUAACCAGUUGAAAUGCAUCCUGAUGUUGUAGACCACUUUGGAUAAAGACUCCAACUAGAUGAACCACCAUCAUCAUCGUCCUUCACGUGUAUACUCAGAACAAAGUGUCGUCUUCGUGCUCACACAAUGGGCCAGCCAUUCGGUGUCCUGCGUGCUCCGGCGGUGCUGCCUUGGCUCCUCUGCCCAGUGUACGGACAUUACGAGGCUGCUGUUAGGAGGGAGAAUCACUGGAAGAGAUUUAAAUCGGUGAAUGACAACGUAGAUGGGGUGACGGUGGUCCGCGCGGUAUGAUGACAAACAUGAGGAGGCCCGACAAACACCAGGAAACGGUGAAACGUGAGCGGGCGGCUCCGCUCGUCUGAGGUUUGACUGUAAACCCGCUGUUCGCAUUCAUAGCGGAGAAGGAACGACCCGCCCAUCGAGCUGUCAUUGGUCAGUAGAGGAGGGGCGGGGAGUCCGAAAUCAAUCGGAAGCAUCUUAAGGCGACUUUGUGGACACGUGGAGCAAACCCGCACCUGGCAGCUCUGCGGAGCACCUGCGAGGUGUAGCGACCGCCCGCCCCCUGUGUCCUCGCCUGCUCCAUCGAUCGGUUUGUCGCCUGCUUGUGUGCACCUUUGUGAACGCAGGUCUGCCCUGUCGCCACCCCGCCCAGUCCCCAUCAUGAAGUCCAAAGGCAAAGCCUCCAAAUUCAGCCGCAGGUCCUCCAUCGAGGCCGACCGGGAGCUGCAGGUGGAAGAGCCGGACACCGACGGACCAAGACCGCGAAGGAAGACCGCCAGCGAGGACGCGACGCCGAGUGCCCGACGCAGGAGGCCCCUGAGCAGCUGCAAGGAGCGCAACGCCCGGCGCCUGGAGAGCAACGAGCGCGAGCGCCACCGAAUGCACAAACUCAACAACGCGUUCCAGGCGCUGCGGGAGGCGAUCCCGCACGUCAAGACGGACAAGAAGCUCUCGAAAAUCGAGACCCUCACCUUAGCCAAGAACUACAUCAAGUCCCUAACCGGCAUCAUCCUGGAGAUGUCCAGCGGCGUCCUGCCCGCAGCGGUGGCCGGCGACAGCGCAGGCGCCUCCCGACUCAUGCAGUCCCGCCGGCCCGAGUUGGACGAGUCCGGCGGCGAGCGCUUGGCUCAGUACCUGACACAGAUCACCGGCUAUCGGGAGGGCAGCUGACCUCGGCAGCGAAGGCUUGGGCGUCACGGCGAACCGAUGACGCCACGGACUGUUGGACUUAAUGGACACCGUGGUGGGGGGUGCACCCUUGGCACCCGUGCCCCGCAGGGUGAGAGAUGGGCACCUCCCGACAUGGAGACACUUGAUUAAAUGGCCGCGUGUGCCUUGAAGGAUCGUGGGUCUGCUCGAAAGCCCCCCUAGAGACGAUACACGCCGGGGGCCCGGCCCUAUGCCCAAGGGCGCUCUCCGCAGUGCCCUACCAUCCACACCGUUGGCACAGCUUUGGAAAAGUCUGCCAUUCAGAGAGGAUGCGAGCGCUGGCACGAUGCGCAGCGGGCAGAGCUCAGCUGACGCUUUCUCUUCACAUUUCAAUAAAGUUUCAGUUUUUCACCUCAA